AUGAUCGACCCUGUAGUCACUGCUUCUGGCCAGAACUAUGAGAAAGAUUAUAUCACAGAUUGGUUGAUGAAUGCAAAUACAUGUCCCCAUACCGGAGCAGUCCUCUCUGACCUCUCGGUUAGACCGAAUCUUCUGGUAAAUGAUUUGAUUGAGGAAUGGUGUCAAGCCGAAAAAUAUGACCGGAGAUUCAACCAAAAAGUCACAGAGCUGGACAUCGAUGGAUUAGAGUCAUUGCUUCACCGGAUUUCCUCUGCCUCCUCUGUUUCAGACCAGACCGAAGCUGCAAAUGAGCUGCGCCGCCAGAUCACGAAUUUCGCCAGAGUCGGGGACUUGUUUUUCAGUCAACUCCCUGAUUCAAUCACCCGGAUGCUCACUCCUCUUUCGGGCGAGGUGUUUUUAUCGAAUACUGAUCUUCAGGAGAAUAUCAUCACCUCAUUGUUCAACAUCUCGGUCAAUGAGAAGAACAGAACAGUUAUUGCUCAAAACUCUCUUGCUAUCGAAGUGCUUACAAAGUCAUUAUGGCUGGGGACAGAUCAUAAACAAAGAAAAUCUGCAUCGACCUUAUGGGUACUUUCAGUCAUUGAUUCUAACAAGGACAACAUUGGGAACUCGAAAGCACCCGUGGCUCUGGUACAUCUAAUCAAGAAGGGGGAUUCUGUAGCCACCCGUGCGGCCGCCUUUGCCGUUUGUAACAUCUUCACUGUACUCGAGAACAGGCAAAGACCGAUUGCAGCAGGUUUUAUUAGUGAGCUAAUCAAACAAAUGAGAGAAAGAAAGGAUGCGGAUGGGUUUUUGCUAGCUCGCUUGGCAUCCAUUUCUACAGAAACCGGUGUGAUUGAAGAAAUGGAGAACCUAGAGUUUAUCCGUGAUCUGAUGAUUAUCUUAAGACAGAGUAGCGGGGUGAUUGCACAGAACGCUAUAGUGAUCCUCUUUGAAAUGUGUAAAACAAACAAAGGCAGACUCGGGCAGCUAAAAAUAGAGGAGAAUCAACACGAAACAUUUACAAAGCUAGCUGCUCAAGGAACACAGAUUGCAGUGCAAACAGCAGAAGCAAUUUUACAGUGGCUCAAGACACUCGGAUGA